AUGAAUUUUAUUUGGAAGAAACGAUUGUACCUUUUGCUUUUGUGCGCUGUGAUUAUGGCGGUUGUAAGAGCAGACAAAAUCCACGCUGCCACAGUGUAUUGGAAUGCCACCAAAAGGACUGUGGAGCUGAAAGAGGGUGUUAUCGAAAAGGAGGGGGAUGCCUAUGGCUAUUUUAAUGACACCCUGUCUCAGACUGGCUGGGGGGUGUUGGAGGUGAGAGCAGGAUAUGGGGAGACCCCUGAAGCUGAUGAGAAGACCCUCUUCUUGGCAGGGUACCUCGAGGGCUUCCUCACUGCCCCGCAGAUGUUUAGUCAUUAUGCCAACAUGUAUCCCCAACUGAUUAAACACCCAAAGGUACUGGGCCCACUGAAAGACUUCAUGAGUAAGCAGGACUCAUGGACUAGAAAGCAGGUGAGGCUGAAUAAGAACAGUGACCCCCUGUGGCAGCAUGUGGGGUUCAUUGUCGCACAGAUGGAUGGCCUCCAAGCUGGAGCCACAUGCUGGGCUAAUAGCAGACAGAGAGAGCCCCUGUCUAUGUUUGCAGUACAGUUCCUCAAUGCUGUUGGGGACCUGUUGGACCUAAUUCCUGCCCUGGUCUCUGCAAAGCCCUUCAGAAUCCCUGGAAUGGGCCACUGCUCUGCUCUCAUAAAGAUGUUGCCAGGUUAUGAAAACCUGCUGCUGGGUCACUCUAGCUGGUACACCUAUGCCGCCACCCUGCGCAUCUACAAGCACUGGGACUUUAGGCUGACCGAGCCACAUACUGCUACUGGCAAGAUGUCCUUCAGCAGCUACCCUGGCUUCCUGGUGUCACUGGAUGACUUCUACCUCCUCGGCAGUGGGCUUCUGAUGACCCAGACAACCAACAGCAUCUUCAAUUCGUCCCUCUUCUCCAUGGUGACACCUCACAGCCUGCUGGCCUGGCAGAGGGUGCGGCUGGCACACGCCCUGGCACACACCGGGGAACAGUGGGCCCAUAUCUUCUCCAAGUACAACUCCGGCACCUACAAUAGCCAGUAUUCAGUGGUGGAUGUGAGCAGGGUGUCUCUGGGCAACGGUAUCAAGGAUGGAGCUCUGACUGUUGUGGAGCAGAUCCCAGGGAUGGUGGUGCACUCGGACCAGACUCAGGCCCUGCGGCAGGGCUACUGGCCAUCCUACAAUGUUCCUUUUCACCCCCAGAUCUACAACCUCAGCGGCUAUGGAGAGAUGAGGAGGAGGCGUGGAGAGGACUUCUCCUACGACCUCUGCCCCCGAGCCAAGAUCUUCCGCAGGGAUCAGGCUGCUGUCAAAGACCUGGCCUCCAUGAAACACCUCAUGAGAUAUAACAAUUACAAGAAGGACCCCUAUGCCAGGGGACAUCCAUGUAAGACCAUCUGCUGUCGCAAUGACCUUAGACGGAAAGGACCCCGUCCAGGGGGCUGCUAUGAUACCAAGGUGACAGAUUACCACAUGGCACAGCAGUUUGUGGCAGAGGCAGUGAACGGACCCACCACACAGGGCAGCCUGCCCGCCUUCAGCUGGAGCCGGUUCAGUCGCACCGCACACCAGGGCCUGCCCCACACGUACAACUUCACCUUCGUCACCAUGCGGCCUGCACUUUUCCUACCCUGA